AUGGUACAGAGAUCAAAUAUCAAUCAACCUACUCAAAGAAUGUCAAUGCCUCCACCUAGACAGCCGAGGACAGGUAAAGCGGGGUAUAAGAAGGUAGAGAAGAAACAUGAGACAGAUGAUAUGGAAGCUCAUUUUGAUCAAUUAUUAGACACCCUUCAAAUCCCUCAAACUGUCCGACAGAAAUUCUCAACAGUCUCUCCAGAUGUUAAAUCUUCCCUCAUAUCAUCUUCACUCUCCGGAAACGCCAUCAUCCUAUCUUCCCUUGGUCUACCAAUCCCAACCCAACCAAAGAUCAAGAAACGCAUGUCGACACCUCUUCUUCGUCGUCCGAAAUCUUCUUCAUCUCUGAACGGUCCUUCUCAAGUAGGAGAAACAUAUCAAGUUGAUGGAGAUCAAUUUGUGAUCGUUGCUUCCCCACUUAAAGGUAGACCACCAAACAGUAGACAAUCCACUGGACCAGGAAGUAAGUUUAUCACUUCCAAUUCAGCUGGUAGUAUCAGUAAAUCAGGAAACACUUCUUCGAUAGGAAAAGCAGGAGGAAAUAUGGCUUCGGUGGGAAAGAAAAAUCAAGGGAUGAAUAUGGAAAGACCGGAUGCUUUCAUUUCUUGGUUACAAUCACACAAAGGGACAGAUUUGAAUAUGGAUGUUGGGAGAUGUAAGAAAUUGAGAAUGUUGUUGAGACAUGAAACGACCAUGUGGGUGGGGCAGUUUGUAAACAUGGGAGGAUAUGAUUUGGUUUUGGCUCGGUUGCAGGAUUUACUGGAUAUUGAGUGGAGUAGAGAAGAACAGCAUGACGAUCAAAUGCUAUACGAAAUUCUCCGUUGUAUAAAAGCAUUCUCCACAUCUGAAAUCGGCAAAACAGCACUUCGAUCUUCGUUCCCUAAACCUUUUCCAGCUUUAUCGGGAUUAAUGUUCUCUGAAAAGAAACCCGGUGAAUUAGCUACAAGACAAAUUAUGGUUGAAUUAUGGUUAUUCUUAUUCGAAUUAUUCCCUCUUCUCCCACCACACCAGCUGAAUCCCUCGGUUGCGACUAUACCUAAUCCCAACUCUCGACCUAUAUCAUUACGAUUCGAAACUCCCCAUAAGAUUCCUGGUUCGGAGGUUGAGGUCGAUAUCGUUGAAGUGGUCAGAGGGUUGUUGAUUCCCGAGGAGAAAGAUAAAAAGGAUAUACAUGAGUUUAUUUCUCAAGCUCAUAGACCGAGGGUUUUCAAAGCUUGGAUUCAAGAGAUGAGUGAUAUUUGUAGGGAUUACUUUUGGGUCAUGUGUCACGGCUCGAACACUCUCUGGGCGUUGGAUCAAGUGGACGAAAGUUUAGCUGAGAAACCGGUAGCUCCUGGUGGGGCGACUGGAGGGGUGGAAUUUGAAGCUAUGGGUUAUGUUACAACCCAUUUCAAACUUCUCAACGCACUUUGUAUAGCUCAAGCGGCACAGAAUAAAGAAAAAGCAACUCAAUUACAUUAUGAUCUUCUAGUCUCUGGUCUUGAUCGAAUUCUCGUUACAUUCCGUAAAGCUUCCACGGUGUAUUACCCCACACUGCAUCUAGAACUCGCACGUUAUGUGACCCUCCUUCGUUCCGCCUCACCAUCAGGUAGAUUACCUCAUUUGAUAGAUAAAUUAGUCGGACCUCCACCUGAAACGAUCAGGAAAAGAGGGGAAGGAUGGUUACCUUCUGUAGGAGAGAAAGGUUGGGAUCCUCAAGUUUGA